GUUAUGACAACAUCUCGACGGGCAAAACGAAAACAAAUUGGCUGCCGAAGAGCCAGCACUAGUGUGGAUCGCAGUGCGUGAAAAUAUAAAUGCGCUAAGAAGUCAUCUGAGUUUUCCUGUGAAAGACUCUCCCUGUCGUAGUGCCGAGCAGUGUUGUGAUCAGAGCGCAUGAGAGGACUGAGCGCACACUUUUCCUGAACCUGACUCUUUCCUUCGUUCUGUCUGACCUUCAGAGCGGAUUGCCAUCCACCCUCUUCAGGGUGUCCAGAAAUGUAGUCAGAGGCAAAACCAGCGUGCACCCCUCUGUGAACACUUUUUCCUCUCAAACAGUUUCCUCUACCUCUCUCGGGCUGGACUGCGGUGCGUUGACAUCGGCUCGCCCUCCCCUGCCCCCUCGCCCCCCAGCAAUGGCCUCACGCAUUGGCCUGCGGAUGCAGCUGAUGCGAGACCAGCUGCAGCAGGAGGAGCAGCGCGAGCGGCAACAGCAGCAGAAUGCAGCCCUGCAGUACAUGCAGCAUCGCAUGGCCGCGCCACCUGCGCCCACCCCGGCCAUCAGCACCCCACAGCAUUACCAAAGCAUGCAGGUCCCUAUGGAGGUACUCAAGGUGCAGACCCACCUUGAGAAUCCUACAGACUACCACAUCCGCCAGUCUCAGAGACAACAGGUGAAGGAGUACCUGUCUACCACCUAUGCCACCAAACAGACGGUCCAUGCAGUAGCAGGGAUGGUGCAGCCCUCUCCUCCUCCCUCCAUGGGUCCCACGGGGAACUCAGCGUCGGCGCCCCCUCCUCUCCACUCCCCACGCAUGCGCACCGAGCAGCUCCUGUCUGGAAACAGCGCCCCCAACAGCCCCAUGGCCAUGCUCAACAUCAGUUCAAGCCACGAGAAUGAGAUGGAUGAGGUCAUUGAUGACAUCAUCAGCAUGCAGUCCAGUUAUGAUGAUAUUCAGGCAUACAUUGAUCCCGUACAGAUGCCUAACACGCUCCCCCUGUCAAGCAGUCAUUUGGAUGUGUAUACAGGUCCUGGGAUGACAGGGUCAGCCAUCGGCAUGACCAGCAACUCCUGUCCCGCCAACCUAGCCAUCAAGCGAGAGCUGUCAGACGCAGAAGCCCGUGCAAUGGCCAAGGAGAGACAGAAAAAAGACAACCACAAUCUGAUUGAAAGAAGAAGGAGAUUCAACAUCAAUGACCGUAUCAAGGAGCUGGGGACCAUGAUCCCCAAAACCAAUGACCUUGAUGUACGCUGGAACAAGGGCACUAUCCUGCGAGCGUCUGUAGAGUACAUCAAACGCAUGCAGAAGGAUGUGCAGAGGACCAGGGAGGUGGAGAACAACUUCAAAAGGAUGGAGAUGGCCAACAAACAGUUAUGGCUUCGCAUCCAGGAGUUGGAGAUGCAGGCUCGUCUGCACGGUUUACCCAGCACCUCUCCCUCUGGCCUGAAUCCGGCUGAUGUGAUGGGCCCCUUUGUUAAGGAGGAGACCAGCCCAGAGGAAAAGCUUCCCCACCACCCCACCCACACCCACCACCAGCCACAGGUCCAGCACCAGGCUCAGCCGCAGGCCCAGCAACACCACCUCCAUCCUCAGACCCAUCUCCACCCCCAGGGCCAGGUUCAGGGCCAGCCCCAGGCCAGACAGCUGCCUCCGCUCCCCCCACACCUCCAGCCUCAAGCCCCCAUCCAGUACCCAGCUGUGGGCAGCUCCCAGCCCUUUGACUUUGCCCAGUCACUGGACUUGUGUGAAGGGGUGCCGUGCUUCUCAGAUGGCAUGUCGGGGCUAGGGGACCUGGGUGGACUGGGUGUCCAGGGAAGGAGAGGCGAGUUGGGCUUCCUGAUGAUGGACGAGCCCUUGUCCCCUCUGGGUGGAGACCCCCUUCUCUCUGCAAUGUCCCCCGAAGCCUCCGUCGACUCCAGCCGCAGAUCCAGCUUCAGCAUAGAGGAUGGAGACAUACUGUAGAGAGCAUAUAAAUACACACAUACACACACACACACACACACGCCCACACACACACACACACACACACACAUGCCCAUAUAUAUAUACAGAGCUUGCAGUUGUAGUGAAGAUGUAAACAGAGCACCAAAACUGGCAAGGUAUGACAACAGCAGCGUAGACACACAUCACUCACAGAAUAUACACUCAUAACACACACACACCACAGUGGAAUCAGACAUACUGGAUAUGAUAUGUCCACAUUCAUGCAUCACACACCCAGAGCAGGCGGCAAAUACAAUACACAGCACACAGGGUGAACCUACACUCAUGACACAUUUGUAGCACACUUAUCUCCCUUCAGUCACACAUUUGGAAGCAUUCUGAUCAAUGCAAAGACACACACACACACACACACACACACACGUACCAGUGCAUGUGAGCUAAGCUGAGCAACUUGAAACUUCGCUCAACACUCAGGAAGUGUCUGAGCAUUUACAAGGGGCAAACCGAUAAUGCCAGGUCAAAAGUUAAACUGUAUACUUGGCCUUGUUUCCAUAAAGGUAGCUGUGAAACAUAAUUGGACAGGAGACAAAAGCAGUGGUUAAUUAGAUUGACGUUAUCAGAUCCAAGGACAGCUGAGUGCAUUGUAGAGUCAUUUCUCCCGUACAUCAGCUUCUUUUAGUAGCCAUAAAUUGUUGAACGCCAAAAAAGUGAAUAAAAUGUUAAUAGCUUUAUGGUCCUGCAUGCAUAAUUUAUUUUUAAGAGGAAUCCAGUUGCUCUAUCUCCCAGUCUAGUAUUAUUCCACAGUUUGCCUUCACUUUGAGCAGCAGUUGUUUGGCGUUUCGGUUAGCUCAACUUUAGCCUGCAGAGCUCAGGUGUCUUCUUAAACUAUGCAACUGCUAGAGCAAGUAUUUAAGAAGCACACACUUAUUCAUUUAUUGCAUUGUCGCCACUUCUAGCUCUGAUCAUGCAGUGCUCCUAAACUGAUACCCAGACAUACAUGCACACACACACACACAGACACACACACAGACACACAUAUAAGAUUGUGUGCCACAUACUACUGACAAAACUGGUUUCCUCUAAUAUGUAGAGGCAUUGGCGCAAAUUGAAGGGAAUUAUAUGCAGCAGUUGCCUAAAACACACACACACACACACACACACAUACAGCCCCUUCUCCCAAAGUUUACUCUACUAACACACAAUGCCAUGACCUUUACACCCAAAGACACUGUUAACCAUGUUAACUCUGGAGAGAGACUAGAGAAAUCCCUCGGAUGAACUUCAACAUACACACUGCCCAAAAACUAUGAAGUACAAUACUCAGGUAGCAGGUUACACAAACAGCAGGUACAGAUGUUAACCUGAACCAGGCCAGAGCCAUUAACCCUGCCAACAUGCCUUUUUUUUAUGUUUGCCUCUGCCGCCCUUCAAAGGCAAACAGCAGUAACUACAUUUUGUGUGUUUUAAACGUUAAGAGGUUUAGACUUCAUAUCAAUGUAAAUUACGCCCAAUGCCAUACAGUUCACUUUUGUACCAGCAAUACUUUUUGAGGCAGGAGACAAACGUAUUUUUCCCAGUUUCACUGCUCUGCUCGGUUACUGCUUUUUGGCUUUGUACUGUAGGGCCUGGCCUGUGUUAGAGGCCCAGGUGGAGGAAAGAUGGAGUGAUAGUGUUGUAAUACAGGAGAGAGAGGAGGAGGAGGAGAAGGAGGAGCUGUCGCGCUGAGUUUGUCUCAGUAGACGGCGGCAGUUGUAUUGUCAUAGUCUUCACUGUAAAAGCACAGCAUCAGCACACAUUUGCAUGCAUUUACACACACACACACACACACACACACAUACACACACACAUUUUGUUCACAAACAGUCAUGCAGUAAACAUUUAGACACUCACUUGACCAUGUACACACACGCACACAUACGCAUGAUCACACCCACACACCAGCAUUCACACACAUACAGACAUAUAGAGCAGUGUGCCUUGAGGCUGUGUUCAAAUCAGCACAUAAACAAGUCUCCAGCCAUUCACUGUCUUCUCUCUGGGUACUGACCCAAGUGAAGCCGCCGUCUGCAGAGGAAGAGUUCAGGUCUACUGCCAGCAGUUUGCGGUUUGAUGGCGGCCAGCUAACAUCACAAACCCGUCGUCAUCGCGGUCGUGUGUGUGGCUGCAGCAGGUGCAGUGGUCCUGAGCUGUAGCAGAGCUGGGGCUUGACUUUGAUUUGAUAUAGCUUAUGAUCAGUACAGAAAAAAAGUAGGAAAACAAAAACGUUGAUGGUGAUUUUUUUUUUUUUUUUUUGAUUAAAAAAAAGUAUUUGUUUGUAUUCUUUAUUAUUGUAGUUUGUUGUUUUAUUUUACCUCCCAAAGCACUGGAAACUAUAUUAUUGUAUUGACUUUGUACAUGAAAGAAUUAUGGAAUAAGAUUUAUUUGAGAUGUUUUAUGCCACUAAGCCACUUAAAUGUAUUUUAUUUGUAUUUGUCCUUUUACUUCUAUUUCAUUUUAUUCAAAAAAGGAAAAAAAAAGAAAAAAAGAAAUUAUUCUCAGAGCCAUUUACCGUAAAUGUACAGUGAAGGUACUGAACCCACUAGCGUUUUGUUGGGUGAGGAGUGGGGAGUCACUUAUAAACUUCGAGAUUUCAAUAGACUUUUGGAGAAAUGAAAAGAUUAUGUACAUUUAUGAUGCCAUUUUUAUAUUGAUUAGGAGUUUAUUUUUCUCUCUAUUUUAACUUUGAAAUUUGGAGCCAGACUAAGUUGAGAGGUGAUUAUUUGCUUUGAUUGAAUGGAAAUUGCUCUUCUUGUGGAUGUGAAGUUUACUGGUGGUUGUGGUCAGACUGAAGCAGGUUGGCAUCUUCACCAUGCCUUCUGUCACCCUGACUUUUGGUUUCCAUGAAGACAGGCGGACGACCGACUUCACAUAAACUCUGAGCCAAAGAGUUGUGGUUGCCAUGGCAUUGGAUCACUGCCUUUAUCUGUGUCUCUGUCUCUCUGCCAGAGUUGUGCCUUGUCCCUCUCAGCCACAGUUUGACUGUUAUACUGUUUUCCAGCCAACACUCCAAAGGCCUCCUCUCUUCAGGCCUCCUCUACCUUCCACUAGAGGGCGCACUGCCAAGCAAACUACACUGGGAAAACUGGCGUUCUGGUUUUACUGAGGAUAUAAAAUGUUUUACCAGAAUCCA